UCUUGAUGGUGAUUUGAUGCUCGGUGUGUGUACCCUGAAUCUCAUGACACGACCUGAUGGAAUUACUCAUGGCCCCACAGACUACAUCUUCCUCCUGAUCUCGACCUAAACACCCACGUGACCAGUGCCACCAGCUGCCAGCACAAAGCCUUAGCUUUUCCACCUGUGAAACGGAUGGCAGUGGAGUCCUCGGUAUGGGCCUUCUGUGUGAAUAUCAUUAAAUCAGACAAAGAAGGAGAGGAAGGGAACGCUAUUUAUAAACGGGAAAGCUUCUGUGUUGGAUGUGUUAUAGUAAGUAUUGCGGUAUAUCAGGCCUCGACCCGAACAUCUUUUACAUGUAUGAUAAAAUCCAAUGCCUUCAACAGCCUUUCGGGAGGAUGUGAUUCCAGCCCACUUUGCAUGUAAGCAAAAACUGAGGCGGCCCGCCCAGGAAAAGUACCUCAACUGUGUCUGGCUUUUUAGUUACGCUGUCAGAGACGCUCAGUCUCUUCUGCCACGAGAUAACACCUGUCAAAGUCUCGCGCCACCAAGUUCAUUUAUGUGACCUCGCUCUAUAAGGAUGCACACCUUCUCCGCUGAAUUUUCAAACAACAAGAGAGGAGCGGCACCGGACAACUGCGCAAGCGCCUCUCCUGGCCCUGGACACCGCCUACAGGGUACUGGUGUCUGUGUGGAGAAACUCGCGGAGCCCCGCCUGAAUCUCAACACGCAGGCGCAAGGGCGCGUGCCCUGCGCUACCAGCUUUGAUUGGUUGCCUAGCCUGAGAGCACCGCCCAAUGGGAGGCGUGGAUAGUGAAGGGUCCCACACUCCUGAAGCGGAGGGUCUGUGUCAAGAGCGGCAGGGGCUGCUUGGAGGCACUGCCUGCCCCACAAUGGCAGAGAUGGUGGCAGAGGCUGAGAUGCCCACACAGUCACCGGGAGCAGUGGAAAUUUCAACUGCGGUGUCAGGGGAGCUGGCAGAGAUGACAACAGCAGUGACUGAGAUGACCUCUGGGGAGGCCCUCGCCUCCUCCCUCUUCUUCCAACAUCACCAGUUCAUGUGCUCUGAGUGUGGCAGCCUCUACAACACCCUGGAGGAAGUCCUCUCCCACCAGGAACAACACCUGCUCACCAUGUCAGAGGAGGAGACGCUGACCACCCAGGACACAGGCCUGGAGUCUGAGCUCGUGCCUAGCACUGGGGAGGGGCCCUUCCAGUGUGGUGAAUGCAGCCAGCUCAUCCUCUCUCCCAGCGAGCUCCUAGCCCACCAGGAUGCCCACCUGCAGGAGUCUGCAAGCCAGAUCCAGUACCAGUGUGGAGACUGCCAGGAGCUCUUCCCCUCACCCGAGCUGUGGGUAGCUCAUCGCAAGACUCAGCACCUUUCCAGUGCAGCAGACGAGCCACCACCUCCUUUGCCUCCCCCAAACCCCCCACCCCCGCCACCAGAAGUCAAGAUGGAGCCCUACGAGUGCCCUGAAUGUUCCACCCUCUGUGCUACCCCUGAGGAGUUCUUGGAGCAUCAGGGCACCCACUUCGACUCCCUGGAGAAAGAAGAACGAAAUGGGUUAGAAGAGGAGGGGGAAGAUGAGGAAGAGGAGGGGGAGGAGGAGGAGGAUGAUGAUGAAGAAACCGAUGAGGAGGAAACAUCCACAGAGCUCACUGCUGAUGACACAGAAGGUGACAGGUCCACAGCUGACCCGGCUCGGAGCUGUGGAGAUUGUCCUCAGCACUGUACCUCUUCAGGGGCACGUCGCAAACACCGAAGGGCAUCUCAUGGCCCAGCAUCAGCCACCCACCCCUUCCACUGCAGCCAGUGUCAGCGCAGCUUCAGCUCAGCUAACCGGCUGGUGGCUCAUGGCCGGGCCCAUGUGGGUGGGACCUAUGAGUGUACCACGUGCUCCAAGGUCUUCAAAAAGGCAGCCUCUCUGGAGCAGCACCAGCGGCUGCACCGUGGGGAAGCCCGCUAUCUAUGUGUGGACUGUGGCCGUGGCUUUGGCACUGAGCUCACACUGGUGGCCCAUCGGCGGGCCCAUACUGCCAACCCACUCCACCGCUGUCGCUGUGGCAAGACCUUCAGCAACAUGACCAAGUUCCUAUACCACCGACGAACUCACACUGGGAAAAGCGGAACCCCCACCAAGGUAGCAACUGUCUCCCCAGCUCCAGCUGAGCCCACACCCAUGCCCCCACCCCCACCUGCCCAACUGCCCUGUCCACAGUGCCCCAAGUCCUUUGCUUCAGCCUCCAGGCUCUCCAGGCACCGGCGCGCAGUGCACGGCCCCCCUGAACGCCGACACAGGUGUGGGGUCUGUGGCAAGGGCUUCAAGAAGCUUGUCCAUGUGCGCAACCACCUGCGGACCCACACAGGCGAGAGACCCUUCCAGUGUCACUCGUGCGGCAAGACCUUUGCUUCUUUAGCCAACCUCAGCCGCCAUCAGCUGACCCACACAGGAGUGCGUCCCUACCAGUGCCUGGACUGUGGCAAGCGUUUUACACAGAGCUCCAACCUGCAGCAGCACCGGCGGCUACACCUACGGCCUGUUGCCUUUGCUCGUGCCCCUCGCCUUCCCAUCACCGGUCUCUACAACAAGAGCCCCUACUACUGUGGGACCUGCGGCCGCUGGUUCCGCGCCAUGGCAGGCCUUCGGCUGCAUCAGAGGGUCCAUGCACGGGCCAGGAGUUUGACACUGCAGCCCCCAAGAUCACCCUCUCCAGUCCCACCCCCAGCCCCAGAACCUCAGCAGACUAUCAUGUGCACGGAGCUUGGGGAGACCAUCGCCAUCAUCGAGACAUCACAGCCGCUGGCACUCGAGGACACACUGCAGCUAUGCCAGGCGGCACUGGGGGCCAGUGAAGCGAGCGGACUGCUGCAGCUGGACACCGCCUUUGUGUGACAAGCGUAAGAGCAAUGAUCAAAGGGGUUGGUUAUAAUCUUGAGUCUAGGCACCUCAGGGGAGAAGAGGACCCCUCCUGGCCACCUAAUCUGGCACCCACAUGGCAGGGUCCACCCUGCUGGCCUCUUCUAACUGCUGAGUCCUCAGGGUUUCUCCUGUCACCUUUCCCUGCCCCCGGUGAAACUGAAGCUCUGAGAAGUGAUGUGAUCUGUCUCAGCCCUACAGCUGCGCUGCAGAACGGGGUCUGCCAAGGCUCUUUGCACGGCAUCACCCGGUGCUCAGCAACAUCAGGUAACCUUUCCUGAGCACCAACCACACGCCAGGCCUGUGCCAGACACUCCCAUGUACCUCUUCAGGUCUCUCGCUUGUCACUCCCCACCCCCAUCCCCAUCCUUCUGGACCUUGGGUUGCCUGGUAUAGGAAGGCACUUAGUUUCACGGGGCUUUUUUCAGUUUUGACAGUAUGGAAGGAAAUCUGUAGGUAACCCCAGGACUCAGCUCGGCCUGGGUGACGUUGAAGACCCAGGCAUGAGCCAGUCACGCUGCACACUCAGGCAUGCUCAGCCCAGUGGGCAAGGGACUGAAGUCCAGACACCUUCCCGCACACACAGCUGCCUGCGGCGCAUUCAGCCCAGAGCUCCCCUCACAUGCCCUGGUGCUGCAGGCUAAAGGAGAGUCAGGUCUGAGGAUCCCUGGGCCGAGGCGAGGAUGUGCAGGGACAGUGGACCUGAAGAGACUUUCUUGUGGGCCAGUUCCUGAAGUAAAAGUGGUAAUCUAUCAGCACAAGAGGAAGAUAACCCUUCAGGCAGGCCGUCCAGUUACAACUGCAGUACACACCCAACUGCCCAGCAGUAUCCGGCAGGACAUUUAAUGUCCCUUAGGCCUGAGGUGGACCUGUGUGCACAUCCUGGUUGUAUGAGGAAGGACAGCACAGAGAACUGCCCAGGGUCUCAGGCUGUGAGAUGGGAAUCAGUUCUUAGGCCAUCUCUGCUGUUCUGAGUAAGACCUGACCCCUCAGUGACCACAGAGAACACUCAGUCCAUCCCUUGACGCAGAGCAGCCAUGCUCACCCUGCUUUGUAACAUGUCUGAGCAAGGAGGAUGGAAUCAGUCCUGCAGGGCAGAAAGGGACCUCUGGGGCAGACGUAAGCAUCCAGCAAGGCCCAGAAAUCCUGGACUCCCCUCAAGGAUAUGUUCAAAAAUUACUUUUUCUGCAUCAGUAGAAUCUAUCAAGAGGACCCAAAGUUGCUCCGUCCCAGGUCCCCUCCCUUUCUGGAGCGUCCUGCCCACUCACUGCUUGGCACCAUGUAGAGACAGCAUUUCCUUCUGCCCAUGGUCCCCGCCAUCUGGCUCCAGUGUAUUUUAAAAGUCAAGGGGAACAGCCAGGCAGAGUGGCACAAGCCUGUAAUCGCAGUGUUUGGGAUCCUAAGGCAAGAUGAUCUUGAGUUCCAGACGAGCCUGAGCUAUACCGAAGACCAGCUCAAAACCAGAGAGGGAGAGAAGAAAGGCUAAACUCUCAACCUCCACCUUCCCAAGGUUGCCACUUCCCAAUACCCCCUAAGAAGUAAAGCAAGUGGGUCCCAUGCUUCAGACAGGGUACCUUAAGCCUUGGGAAUCUGCCUAUGCACAUAUAUACCUGUGCCACCAAGUCUACAGGCAAUUAGAUGUGCAGCCUGAGACUCGUCCCCCCAGGUCUUGCACUGAGCGCCCAGGUGUGCAUCAUUUCUGCCACUGACAGAUAGUUUGUGCCAGGAAAUGGGUGGGCUCCACAUCUGUGGUUGACAAGUCCCCCUAACUGAGGUGGAACUCAUUCCAAACCCUGAACCCCCACCUCUGUGGAAAUAGGCAGCCAGACAGGAAGAAGGGUUUCAUGCCAAUAAUUUAUUGAACGGAGGUCUGUACACAGGCAAACCUUACUGUGGAAACUAAGACACCAGGGGCUCUCCCUACUCCCCUCCUUGGGAUGGGGAGAGGGAGGAAGCCUUGGGAGCAGAGGACAAGAGGGGGGUACAGCUGAGGGGGAGGGCAGGUUGGAUGGUGUGAAUCGACGUUUUCUUUAAGAAAAAAAUUAUAACAAUCUAUUUACACCCAAGGGGCCAGGAAGAGGAUACGGGCUGGGCUGGUUCUAUUUACAAGGGACAUGGGAGGGGGGGGGGGAGGAGUGGUAGCCUGGGGGAGGGGAGGGGACCACGGGGGUAGAAGGUCCUCAUACCCCCAAACCCCGUCCGUCCUUCUCUUCCCUUCCCUCCCCCACAAACAGUUAAAAUCCUCUUUAAAAAGCCCACCACAAAGGUGAGGCUGGUGAGGGAGGCCUAGAUGCUGGGUAGUUCAUUUACCUCUGCCCUCAGUCUAGGGGCCCAGCCAGGGCAGGAGCUGGAUGGGCUAUGGCCCCCUUCCCAGCCCCACUUGAGCCUUCCCAGAUGGACGUGGAGGGGUAGUCGGUAGGGCCCUCAGGAAGAGUUAGUGAGGGUAGGUGUGGCAUCAGGUGCCUGCCAGUCUUGGCCAGUCUGAGUCUCAGUUAAAGCUGAAGGAGGAGAGGGAAGGAGGGACAGUUGGCCUUUGCAUCACACCCCAUGCCCACGAGAAUAACUUGCUUCAGAACACUAUGCAAGAGUGACAGCUGUCACUCUGGGCUCAGGGUUACAAACUGAUGCCAAAGGACCAGCUUGACACUGAAGUGGCUUAACAAGGAGCCAGGCUCCAUGGAGGGAAGGGGCACUGGAAACAGCUCCAGCUGCUGUCAGGAGAAGGGCAGACCCAUGGCUGCCAAGCCUGACCUUCUUUCCCCUAAGAAACAGGAAAUCUGGGUUUUUACCCAGAAUGGCCCAAUCUUUAAAUGUGGGCAACUUUUUGUUUAUUUGUUCAGACCAAAGAAAUGUUUGGACUUCCAGCUGGCAUUUAAACACAACUGUGGGCAAUAUCACCCUAUAAAGCUGGUUGCUGACAUACUGUAAAAUAUGCCUCUUAUGCUGUCAGAUGUCAACAGCUCAGAACCCACAGAAAAUGCUAGAAGCCAAGAACAACCCCCGCUCGACCCCUCUACACAUGUUCCCCAGCUUACCUUGUGAGGACGAGGUGAGGGUAGCAGGGCCUGAUGGGGACCUCAAGUGAGGAGGGAUGAGAAUGGCAUUGAGAGACGGUUGGAUGGAAAGUUCUAGAGACAAAAUUGACAUCCCCAGUUAAGGAGAGGCAAGGCUAUGGAAAGCCAGUUAAGGUUAGGAUGAGGAACCAAACAAGGACCCAGAUACUGGCAAGGCCAGGUGGAGGAAUCUUUAGCCACAGGACUCUUAGGUGGAAAAGUAGAAAAGGCCUGGUAUGCAGCCACAAUGUGGAGACACCUAGCUGAGCCCAGGACCACCUUGUACCCUCUUAGCUCCCCAGUCUUGUUCAACACCAAGCCUCUCCACAUCCCCAACACCUCCACUGGCCCCAGCUAUGCUCACCACCAGGACUGAAGUUGAAGAGGGGGGGAAGCGGGCGGUUGUUGGGGAGCUGGGUUCCGAGACUCCGCAGUUCAUCAAAGAAACUGUGGGCACAGGCCUCUAGUGGGGAGAGCCUUGAGGAUGGAGUGUACUCCAGCAGGCUAGAGCAGAGUGCGAUGGCCUCAGGUGGUGUCCGAGAUUUGAACACCUGUGGGUUAAUGCAGAGGGGCGAGGUGCUGUGACACCGUGUCAUGUGCUCCCCUGUGGCAGCCUGCUUCCCAGACACCCACCUCCCUGGUAAGGAGACCGACACAAUGAGAUGGGUGCUGGCUCAGGGUCCAUGACUUGUGAGUCCUAAUGCGUACGUGCCACCAUAUAAAUGGGAAUCUUGUAUUUACCUCUGAGUUCUCAAUUUUUAAAAUUCUAUAAACUUCACAAUCUCAAA